CCUAUCCGAGGAUUGACUUCGGUUGGGCCCAAGAAUUCGUCAAAACGUGGUGAAUCCUGUUGCAGGAUCAGAGAUAUGGAUCUGUCUCUUACACACAAUGAUCUUUUUAAACGAAACUAUGGAGAUGUGUAUCUCUCUAAUCGUGGUGUGCAAGGCCUGACUUACAGUGUUGUUUUCACAGUAUUGGCGACUUGCUUUGUGGGAUUACGACUGUAUACUAGAGCCAGGAUUAUGAGGAGGAUGGAGUCAAAUGAUUGGAUGGUUAUCAUUGCACUGGCAAAUUCUUAUGUUUUCAUGGGUCUGGAUAUCGUCGAGGCUACUAGUGGGAUGGGAAUGCAUCUAAAAGAUAUUCCACCCAAUAUCCUCGAGAGACAAAUGAAGGCAUUUUGGCUCACAAUUCCAUUCUACAACGCUGCCGUCCUCUGCGCAAAAGCUUCAAUUCUGAUGCAAUACUUCCGUGUCUUCCCAACCCAUCGCAUGCGGGUCGUCUGCUGGAUAAUGAUUACGAUCCUCGGGAUUUAUGGUACAUGGGCAGUAAUUAGUGCAUUUUUGAACUGCAUUCCAGUGGCCAAGUUCUGGGAUGAUUCCAUAUCAGGUUUCUGCUUGAGCAAACCUGGGUUGUGGUUCUCGAAUGCUAGUAUGCACAUUACCACUGAUCUUGUGAUCCUCAUAAUCCCCAUUCCUGCUCUGAUUGCCAUCGAUAUUCCAAGAAAACAGAAAGCUGCUUUGAUGAUUCUCUUUGCGUUGGGAGGAUUUGUCUGUAUCACCAGUAUUAUUCGUCUGGUGAGUUUGAAGAAAAUUGCCGACUCGACAGACCCCACCUAUGAUAAUGUCGGCGCCGCAUCAUGGUCCGCCAUCGAAUGCAACACAGGCAUUAUAUGUGCCUGCCUUCCCACACUCAAACCACUCAUUUCCAAAUUUGCCCCCGGUCUACUCUCUUCACUACAUGGAAGCCGUCGCUAUGCAAGUGGCCCUGUCUCUACAACACAGCAAACAACAACAUGGAACGAUGAGUCCCCACUUGGUGCCUCUGGCGAGUACCCCGAGUACGGAGCUGGCGACCCAGAACGAGCCCUCGAGCUUGUCCCAACGAGUCCACACAAGUAUGGCAAGCGGUGGUUCAAGGAAACCAAAAUUUGCGCUCCUGGCGUUGCUGAUGAGGUCACGGGGCUUGCGCGACAGGACCGUGAGGCUGCUCAUGGUUACCACCAACAUGAUAUCUCGGAGACGUCCUCUUACUCCUAG